AUGAAACCCAAAAAGAGAGACACCGUGCCCACCGACAUAGAAAUGGCCGCUUACGGCAGCAAAGGCGGCGACUCCUUCGCACAAGGAAGUUCUUGGAGUAUCCGGGAACCCUUUGGCGUCGGCCACGUUCCGGCAUGGGCACGGGGUCGACAUCGUCAAGACCCUCCGUUGCGAAGAUUCAUCGACUCCUUCAAACGAGAUCCGGGCCGGCGAGUAUCAACUCAUGGGAUUUAUGGACACGGUCAUCCUGAUCAAUAUCGAUACAGAGACGGCACGCGUGCUUCUGACCAGGCAGCCGACUCGUCUGAUCCGUCUUCAGAGACCCCGAGAGGACAACAGAAUCAUGGAAGUCACUACUUUGAUUUACACGCCGCCAACGUCAGAACGGCAAACACUGGUCUUGCCCGAGAACUAAAGGGGAGACACUUGCAGAUGAUUGCCAUUGGUGGCUCAGUUGGUACCGGUCUGUUCGUGGCCUCCGGCAAGUGUCUCUUCCUAGGAGGACCAGCCGCCCUCAUCAUCGCAUAUGGCUUCGUCGGUAUCAUGCUCUGGUGUACCAUCCAAGCUCUGGGUGAGCUAGCCGUUGCUUUUCCCGUUGCCGGUUCUUUCUCGUCAUACUCAACAAGAUUCCUUGAUCCAGCAUGGGGCUUUGCCAUGGGGUGGAAUUACGCCCUCCAAUGGUUAACAGUCCUACCACUCGAACUCGUAGCAGCAUCCAUAACCAUCGGCUACUGGAACGAUAAACUUAACAAAGCUAUCUUCAUCACCAUCUUCCUAAUAAUAGUCAUCAUCAUCAACCUCUUCGGCAUCAAAGGCUACGGUGAAGCCGAAUUUGUGUUUUCGCUCAUCAAGAUCACCGCCGUCAUCGGCUUCAUCAUCCUCGCAGCAGUAAUCAACAUAGGCGGCUUCCCCGACGACGCUCACGGGGGCAGCACAGGCUACAUAGGCGGACGCUACUGGACCAACCCCGGCGCCUUCCACAACGGUUUCAAAGGCCUCUGCUCCGUCUUUGUGUCCGCAGCCUUCGCCUUCACUGGCACCGAACUCGUCGGUCUAGCAGCUGCCGAGACCGCCAACCCACGCAAAUCCCUCCCAACAGCCAUUAAACAAGUCUUUUGGCGCAUCACCGUCUUCUACGUCGUUUCUCUUACUUUAAUCGGCCUCAUCGUCCCUUACAACCACCCCUACCUGUUGGGAAACACCCCCUCCGACGGGUCUCCAGACAGAAAGAAGGAAUCGUAUUCCGUCUCCGACGCCUCGCACUCCCCUUUCGUCAUAGCCAUCGAGUCCGCCUACAUCGAUAUACUCCCCGGCAUAAUGAACGCCGUCAUCUUGGUAGCCGUGCUAUCAGUAGGAAACUCCGCCGUCUUUGGGUCAUCACGCACACUAGCAGCUUUAGCAGACCAGCGUCAAGCUCCUCAGAUAUUAGCUUACGUCGACCGCAAAGGUCGCCCCCUUUUCGCGAUCCUCUUCGCUGCCCUCGUCGGCCUCAUCGGCUACUUAGCAGACCUCAAAUUCCAAGCCGACGUGCUCAACUGGCUCCUUGCCGUCUCCGGCCUCUCCUCAAUCUUCACAUGGGGCUCAAUCUGCCUCUGCCACAUCCGCUUCCGGCGCGCGUGGGCCCGUCGCGGCCGCUCUCUCAGCCAGUUAUCAUUCACAGCCCAAGCCGGCGUCACAGGGUCUUACAUCGGCCUAGGUCUCAACAUAUUCGUGUUAAUAGCGCAAUUCUGGACCGCCGCUUUUCCCAUAGUCACUUUUACUGAUAACCAAGACUCGGACCACGCGUCGGCGUCAAAGGUGGUGCAGACGUUUUUCUUGCAGUAUUUGUGUGUGCCGAUUGUGGGGGCGUUUUAUUUGGUGCAUAAGCUUUGGUUCAGGACGAGGGUGGUGAGAAGUGAGGAGAUGGAUUUGGAUACGGGGCGGAGGAGGGAUGUUAAUCUGCCGGUGCUGUUGAUGCAAGAGAGGGAGGAGGUGGAGGGGUGGCCGGGGUGGAAGAGGGUUUAUAGGUUUUUUUGUUAG